UGUGAAGGGGAAAAUCAAAUUUCAUUUCCAGAUUUUUUUCUUUUUAAUAUCGUGUAGGUUGCCCGAGGAGAUUUCUGCUGUGAUGGCGUCUGAGAAUCUCACCGACAAGAAUGUUGUUUUCAGAAAACUGAAAGCGAAAUCUGAGAACAAGAUAUGUUUCGACUGUAAUGCGAAGAAUCCGACAUGGGCGUCGGUUACUUACGGUGUGUUUCUCUGCAUCGAUUGCUCAGCUGUUCAUCGGAGUCUCGGUGUUCAUAUCAGCUUCGUGAGGUCUACCAACUUAGACUCAUGGAGUCCCGAACAGCUUAGAACGAUGAUGUUUGGUGGCAACAACCGUGCUCAGGUGUUCUUUAAGCAACAUGGAUGGACUGAUGGUGGCAAGAUUGAGGCUAAGUACACCUCAAGAGCUGCAGAAUUGUACAGACAGAUUCUUUCCAAGGAAGUUGCUAAAGCCAUGGCUGAAGAGACGGUUCUUCCAUCAUCACCUGUCGCUGCCUCUCAGCCAGCGGAAGCAUCCAAUGGGUUUUCCUCUGUUGUCAAGGCCGAUGAAUUUCCUAAAGAAAGUUCUUUGAAACAAGAAACUCCUGAUGUCUCCUCUUCACCAAAAGCUUCUCAUACAGCUGUCUCUAGCGCGAUUAAGAAACCUCUGGUCGCGAAAAAGACAGGAAGGACUGGUGGGCUGGGGGCUCGGAAGCUUACUACUAAGAGGAGCGAAUAUCUGUAUGAACAGAAACCCGAAGAACCUGCUCCGGUAGUUCCUGUUGCAUCAUCAGCUAAGAACAGCAGCUCUUCAUUAGCCGGUUCAUCAUUUGCCUCUCGGUUUGAGUAUGUUGAAGAUAUGCAAUCUGGAGGGCAGAGUGGUUCGCAAGUGCUUAGCCACGUUGCUCCACCAAAGUCAUCAAAUUUCUUUGCAGAAUUCGGGAUGGAGAGCGGUUUCCAAAAGAAAUCGAGCUCAAGCUCCUCCAAAGUUCAAGUCGAGGAGACUGAUGAAGCGAGAAAGAAGUUCUCUAAUGCAAAGUCCAUUUCCUCGGCCCAGUAUUUUGGGGACCAGAGUAGAGGUGCUGAUCUUGACACAAAAGCUACACUUCAGAAAUUCUCGGUUCGUCAUCCCCUUUCCUUCUAAAUCUUCAUAAAUACAUUCCCUUUGAUUUUCAAGAUAAAAGAUUUGGAUUCUUUGCAUUUAAGAUGGAGUCAAGAUAAAAGAU